AAAAAAAAAAUGGCACCAAAUAAAGCUCCUGCUUAAACUGAAAAAAAAGUUAAAUAAUAAUCUAAUAAAAAAGAAUCAAAAAGACACAAAAGAAGAGUUGAAACUUUUGCUAUUUAUAUCUUCAAAGUAUUAAAAUAAGUACACCCUGAUGUUGGUAUCUCAAAAAAAGCAAUGAAUAUUAUGAACUCUUUCAUUAAUGAUUCCUUUGAAAGAAUAGCCCUCGAAGCAUCCAAAUUAGUUAGAUUUAACAAAAGAAGAACUUUAUCUUCCCGUGAAGUUUAAACUGCUGUAAAACUUUUAUUACCCGGUGAACUUGCCAGACACGCUAUUUCUGAAGGAACUAAGGCAGUUACUAAAUUCUCUUCUUCUUGAGAUAUUA